CGAAUGCCCAGCGUGUUGAGAAGGUGUCAUUACAGCAGAUACAGGAAUUAAUACACAGAGUAGAAGAGGCUCUAGGGUUACUGAAGGUUCUGGUGGAUCAUCAGUUCCAUACCAUGGCUGCUACACUUUCAAAAGAUGAACAAAAUCAGCUCAAAUCACUGACAUUCAAAGAAUUUGUCAUCACCGGAAAAGAGCUAUGUGGCACUUUGAUUCAAUGUUUAAUCAACCGUUACCUUGACGACAAUGCUACCACAGAUGCUAUUAGUAGCAGACUAAGAGAAAUAUGUCCAUCAUUAUACAGUACAGAUGAUGCUACUUGUUCUAAGGCCAAUGAAAUGUUACAAGCAGGGAAGAUUAGUCAGAGUCCAGCAGAAAGACGUCGCCAUCUUGUUGAGGCACUCCGGUUGUACAAAAGUGUAUCACAGCCGCUGCAGUUAGCUGAGGUGUGUAAUCAGUUCUCAAGUGUACAAUUUUAUGAGGGUAUAGUAGAUCUAUGUCUUACCAUGGCAAACAAACGAGACCCGCAGAAACUUGCGUUACAUUUUUACAACAAUGACGAACCCCCGGAAGAUAUGCAGGGGGUACAGGAACUAAUGGCACGGAAAGAGUGUUAUAAAUGUAUAACGGAGACGUUAGGAUACCUGAUGACGGCCAGUGUACCCCAAGGUGCCAGUGUUAUACCCAAAUCUCCAGGACCGCCCCCUGCUGUCGACAGUAGUCGGAUGUCCAUAGAGGAUGCUGAACAAUAUAAAGCAGAGGUGUUUCGACUUGCGUUGAGGUCUGAUGAUGAAUUGUUCCAUGUGUCCUUAUACGACUGGCUGUUCAGUAUGAACAUGACAGAAAAAUUGUUAGAGAUACAGUCACCAUUUUUAGAACAAUAUUUGAAACGUCGUUCAAGCUACCAGUCUGGAGAUGUAGCUGCGCUUGAUUUAUUGUGGAAAUAUUACGAGAAAAUUGAAAACUAUCCUGCAGCUGCGAGAAUAUUAACCAGGCUAGCUGAGAGACAUGGCACUGAUCUAGAUCUACAGAAGCGUAUUGUUUUACUGUCUCGUGCAAUCAUGUGUGCUAAGAGUUCAUCAUCUAGGUCAAGCUCUGCGGUGGAGGGAGAAUUCUUACAUGAACUAGAGGAAAAAAUGGAGGUUGCUAGGUUACAGAUGAAUGUUCUGCGAGCACUAACACAGGAAACAGUUGGUGGUCCUGAUGUACAGGAAGCGAUGUCUCGGUUAGAGUCGGAUCUCCUUGACAUUACUAUGUUGUAUGAGGAGUUUGCAGAUAGAUUUGAUCUUUCUGAAUGUAAAUUAUCCAUUGUUCAUUGUGCUGGCCUAUAUGAUAAUGCCCUUGUUGAGAAUCUGUGGCAGAGUAUUAUAGAUAAAGAGUUUGAGAACACCCGGUCAAGUGCACCUCCUGUUAGAGUUAGAAACAUCAGUAAUAAGCUGUGUGUUGUUGGUAAAACUUACAUUAAGGCAGAGAGAUACUUUCCUUUUGCUUUUAUUGUAAAGUACCUAGAGCAAAGAAGUUGUGAAUUGCAGUUGGAUGUUGGUUGGGUGUUCCAGCUAAUGUUAGAUAUUGGUGUACCAGCUUUAAGGUUGCUGGAAUUAUAUGACCGGAUGUUUAAAUCUAGGGAUCCAUUCUGGUCAUCUAUCAACAGACCUCUACAUCUUCUCUAUGUUAUACACAGUUUCUUGAACAAGCUCGUGGAUAACAUGUCACUUAUACCUGUGUAUGAAAGAAGACAGUUUGGAACUAUGGGCCUCGAUUAUAUAGCGUGUUAUUUGGUAGAAUUACAGUCAAUAAGCAGUGUGGAUGUGAAUGUUCGUACCCUCGUCACAAACUUCAAAGGCCUUCAAGCAAAAAUGGAAAGAUUAUGAUGUUUGCUGAGAAGUACGGACAAAAUUAACAAAAAAAGACGUUACAAUUGGUCACAACAAAAAAUGUGUUUUACAGAAUGAAACAAAAAUUAUCUUACCUUUCAGAAUGGGAAUUUUGAUGAUGUGUGAAGAUGGGCUAUGCAGUUUUAUGGCUUAGUAAAUUAACAAUGAGAUACCGACCAAAUACAUGUAAUCAAGUUGAAUGAAAUUAAAAUGACAGUACUUAACAAUUUCUUAUAUUGAUCUGCCCAUAAACAUGACAGUACUAAAUGAUUUCCUCUAUUGAUCUGCCCAUAAACAUGAAUUGUUUUAGAAUAAAAGAAUGUUGUAAAUUAUGAGACAAAAAGAAUAUGUGAUUGUAUAUACAUUUGUAAUAGUUUUGUUGUGCGUAAAAAUGUAAACUGAAAUCUAAAAAAGAAUGUUUAAUUGAUGAUAAAAUAUUGUUUUCAAACUCUUCUUAUGACAUUGAAAUUGAAAGAAAAAUUGACUGUUUAACAAAAAAGUUUUUAUUCAAAUCAUGGAAAAUAUACUGAACCAAUUUUUGGACAUUAAUAACAUGUGAAAAGUAAAAGAAUUAAAUUUUCUGUGAACAGAAAUACUGAUUUGUUAAUAAGUGAGCUGCGUCAUGACAAAACCAACAUAGUGCGUUUGCUACCAGCAUGGAUCCAGACCAGCCUGCGCAUCCGCGCAGUGGUGUGAUCAGGAUCCAUGCUGUUUGCUAUCAGUUUCUCUACUUGUAAUAGGGUUUGUAAGCGAACAGCAUGGAUCCUGAUCAGACUGCGCGGAUGCGCAGGCUGGUCUGGAUCCAUGCUGGUCGCAAACGCAUUACGUUGGUUUUGUCAUGACGCGGCUCAAAUCAUGCUAGAAAUAGAAUACAACUUGUCAUUUCUUACAUUUAAUUCUAUAUUGGUUAUAUAAGAUCAAAAGAUUUGUUAACUGUGAAUAAUGUGUUUGUAUAUAAUGAUUAGCUUAAGAAAAUUAAACUUACAGCAAAUAUCGAUUUAUGUAUGAUUUAUAACAUACAGCAUUGAAUUUUUGCAAAAUAAAAAGAAUGUAAAUUGAUGAAGUUGGAUUUAUGUUUAUGUAAUAAAAGUCAUCGCAAGUU